UUUUAGUUGAUUUCAGCAGCAGCAACUCGUCGGAUUCGUUGCGUAUCUUAAGUUCGCGAAUUUCCCCUUAAGCUCGUACAACUAAAAUCGAAGCAAAAUACAAAAUAAAAAACAAAAUGCGGUGCGGUUUAAAAAAAUAAAUUUUGUAAUCUUUUUAAAACAAAAAGUGCAGAGAGCACAGCGACAAAGUGAGACAAAUUUCGAGACGUGCAGUAAAUAAAGAAAAACAUACAUCAAAAUGUCGACAGUUGUUGAACAGGCGGCCACCACAGCGGGCACACCGAAAAAACCAGCAGAAACAUCAACUGCAAUAUCCACUAUAUCAACGGCAGCCACGCCCCUUGAAAAGGCGACAACUUCCGCCCCCACAGUGACGGAAAUUGAGCAGCUGCAACAGGCACUAAUCGAGAAGCAAACGCAACUAUAUGCUUUGGAAUCGGUCUGUCUGAGGGAAUCGGAACGGCAGGUUGAACUGGAGGAUAGCGUUAUAGCGUGGCAGGAUAAAUACGAUCGACUCUACGAAUCGCACAAGCGGGUUCAAAAGGUCAACCAGAGUCUGGAGGACAAGAUGCUCAAGCUGGUGGAUCGCAAUGCCGGCGAAAGGGCGCAGUUGACCAGCGAUGUGGCCACUUUAAGUGUGAGACUGGCCCAGGCCAACUUCAACAUCGCCAAGCUGCAGAGGGAAAUCGAACGCUACAAGGCCGACAUUAGCCUGGCCAUCCAAUUGCUGCAGUGCAAGCCGGAUAGUUUUGUGUCCCAGAAAGUGUCAUCGCUGCCCAUUGAUAUUCAAUCGAAGGUGUCGGCUUAUAUGAGAUUGGAGACGAACUCCCACUCCGAUUCCGAGUGCAGCACCAGCGGAGUGGGCGUGGCCACCACAGCUUCCUACAAAGUGCUUCCGGCCUCCGACUCGCCGCCGCCCUCCGCCUGCCCCUUCCCGCCCACCGCGAUGGUCUAUUCGAUGCGGGGAAUUGGUAGGUACGCCGAAAAUGGAAAUACGGCUACAAAUCCUAAACAGCAGUCGAAUCAGCCCAAUAACAAUACAAAGGACGCUCUGAUCAACAACAAUAUUAACAACAAUAACAACAACACCAGCAUCAAUAACAAAUGCAACAAUCAAACUAAUACCAAUAUUAGCAAUAAUAAUAAUGGAAAUCAAGUAACCAAUUCCGAUAUGAUAUCACCCACAAUAAUGGCAAAAUUUCUGGAGGACGAAUUAAAGGCGAAUGAGGUGAAGCAUUGCGAUACAUGUCAGUGUAGCAAACAGGAUCUUCAGGUCCUCGCAGAUGUAUCUCGUUCCUAUUCGGUGGCCACCCAAACGCCCCAUCAACUGCAACUCCAGGGAUCAGGCCUAAAUGAGCCAUUGACCCAACUUUGUCUAAGAUGCCAUAGUAAUCUGAAUUCGCCAUCGCGAACUAAUAGUCCAUAUCUGAUGAAGAUGGUGAAGUCCAGUGAUUCUGUUAUAUCUGAGACCAAGAGUUCCGUUUCGGAUCUGAACGAUAUGGAUAAAUUGUUCACGCCAGCCAAAAAAGAUGAUUUGAUGGUUAAUCCCAUAUUGGGACAUCAUCGUCUCUGCGAAAGAACUUCGAUUUCGGCCCAGAAUGCAGACUAUGUGAAUGGAAAACUCACGACCUCCACAAUGAUGUAUCCAACCACACAUUUGGGUGCCUAUGCGGCCGAGAAAUAUCUCCUGGAGACCAGUAAUCUUGGCCAGCUGAGAAAUGGCUAUCAGAGGAGGUUUCUGGAUGGCGGAGGAACAGCUCUGCAGCUCUUAAACAAAUGCGAAGCAAAUGCCGUGGGAGUUACUACACUGUGUACCCAAGAUGAGCUUCUAGAGGAUGAGUCGAGUAAACCUCUUUUGGCUGGCGUUUCGCAACCCAGUCUUUUGGAAGCGGAUCAGACGGAUCUUGUCCAGCAAACAGUGCUUCCUUCGAAAGUGGAGGAUAUUUGCGAGCCACCGCCCACUAAAAUAGUGGCUCCUGUGGCUCCUCCUGGAAAUAACACUGCUGCUGCUCCAUCGGGAACCCAGCAACAACUCAAGUCCACGAAUUCCGGAAGUGUUCAGAGUUUGUGGAGCAACAAAACCAGCAGCUGCGAGGGGGCCAAAAUGUUCGAGACCUUCAACAGGAACCUCAUCAAAACAAUUAAGGCGGAGAAUCCAAAGUACCGAGGUCCCCGUCUUUGUGCCAUGAGAAUCCAGCAAAAUGGCCAGAGCAACAUCCUGCUGGACAACUUGGAGUCCAUCGAAACCUACACGCCGGUCAUCUACAAGAGAAGGGAAAAGCUGCUGGAUGAGGAACUCAACGAUGGCAAGGACAUCAUCACCAGCAAGGAGAGCAAUGCCCAGUCGGUGGUGGAGGCGUGGCAAGGACCUGCCAAUCCCCACGACAGUGUGGCACUGCAACCCGUGUUGGAACCCCAAGUGGAAGCCCCAGAAGUGGAACAAGUGCACUGUGUGGAUAUAAAACCCGGUGAAACGCCCACAAAUCCCGGAGUAAAUUCGCCCAAGCAUUCGGCCAACUCCAGUUCGAUGAGUGAUGCCAUUGACUACCAGGAAAGUGUCCUUUUGAGGCGGCAGCAACUCAGUAGAGUGGCCGAAUGGGUGCAGCACAAUACCCAGCAAUUGGAGCAGAGAAACCUGCAACAGGCUCCGCAAGCCAGUGACUCGAACUCGGGAACCGAAAGACAGUCCUCGUACUCCACACUCGAUCGCAUGGACUCCAUAUCGAUAGAGAAACUCUCCAUGGAUUCGGGCUAUAAAACUACCCCGCAACAACUAACCAAUGGCUAUCCGGAAAAGUCUACCGAGGAUUCUUUGUCACCCAAGACGGAUAUUACUAGCAAUUCUUUGCCGGAAAAUCCAUGUAAUAGUGCUCCGCCCAAGAAGACGGAAAUGUGCACAACAUACUAUAGGAGAACCACGCGAUCGGGACUGCCAGUGGCAUAUACCACCGUUUCUGGGGCUCCCAAUCCGGAUCCGGAAUCCAUUUCGUCUGGUUCCGAGGCACUCAUCUGCCCCGAACAGCCCACGUGUGAUAUACUGAACUACAAAUACUAUCCCAAUGAUACGGACAAGACGCGAUCCGUUCAGGCGGAGCUGCAUACCACAACCCAGAAUGUGGACAUUGCUCAGAUGGAGUACAAUGUCAAGCAGUUUUUGCUUAAGCAAAAUGAAUGGUCCAUGAAUGGAGGAGGGAACCCGGGAGCAAAUCCAACCAGAUUGCUGCAGCGCAGGAUUUUGGGACCCGGCGUGGGUGAACGGGUGCGAAUGGCCACUCCCGGUGGAGCUGUGGCAACCAAAACCACCAGCACCACCACCAGCACUAGCACCACCACCAGCACCACCACCCAGUCAUCAUCUGGAAUCCACCUGCCACCCCACAGAACUGAAACGAAUUUAUAAGCAAACGGGGUCACCACACAACACAAAUUCGCCACAACACAUCCAAAUCCGAUGAGGAAACCAAACUGUAUUCUAGUCUAGUUUUGCUACUUUCAAUUUCGUCUAUAUAAAUACGAUACAUAGCAAUGCUUAAGUUGGGUGAGGGGUUCUCCAAAAAAACAAAAACAAAAUGAAUACAAAUACAAUGCUAAUAGCAAUGAUAACUAUACAUAUGUACGAUAAAUGUAAUACUUACACCACAAUCUACAAUCUAAGCUGGCUUGAGUUGCUUUAAACUAAGCUGAUAAUCUGGCUUCUCUGGAUUUGCAAAAUAUUUAAGGCGUUGGUUACAAAUUAAUUAACAAUUUAAGCUCCUCAUUUGACUUUAUAUUGCAACAUUUAACUAGAGAAAAUUUGUUACACAGUUCGUUAUAAAAUUAAAUUAAAAAUGUUAGAGCUUUUCUUAAACCCUUGUUUAUCACUAAAAUAAAAUUUUAAAUACUCCGAUCAAUCAAUCAAAAACUAUAUUUUUGAAUAGGAUUGUUUGUGCAUAAUUUUUACAAAAUAAAAUUAACACUAAUUAAUCUUUUUCUAAUCAAUUAUAAUAGACAUUUAAGGAAUUUUGAUUCUCAUUCUGUUAUAAAGUUGUUUAUAACUAUAAAUUGUUUUGAAAAUCUAAAAUCAAUCUUUUAUGGGACUGUUUGUGCAUAAUUUUUACAAAAUAUUAUCGAGUUUUCUAAAAUCAUUUGAAAUACUGAUACUAAAAAAUACAUUUAUUAUUAAAUGUUUAAAUUGCUCAUAUGCUUUAAAUCGUAGUUACUAUAUAUUUGUUUAAGUGUUUUAUUUAUCUCACAUUUUUGUUUGUCAAAGUGUCUUCCCAUAAAUCGCAUGUUUUUUAAUUUCUACUUAACCAACGCCACAAAUCUCAAGCCCUCGAGAAAUUGCAGCUACAAGCAAAAGCAAAUCUAAGACAUAUGAUAUGGUUACUCCUUACUAUAUAACAGAACAUUAUAUACAAAAACUAAAAUCGCGUAACUUUUUGAUGUCUGCAUGUUAAUAUAACCCACGAAAAUCUUUACCCAAAAACAAGCCUAGGUUACACUGGAAAUAUAUAAAUUAUAUUUAUAGGGAUAUACAGAUAAAUAUGCUAUAUACGAUUGAUAUUUGAUAAGCGCGUUAUAUUUUCUAGAUUCCGAUUGUGCAAUAUUUUUUGGUAGUGUGUGUGUGCGUGAGAAGCGAAAACGAAUUUUUAUUUUUAUAAAAUGCGACCAAAAACAAGGGGAUAACUUUUCAGACCAUUGAUUUCUAUUUUGUAUUUAUAUUUUCUAUUUGAGCAUUUUGUCCAGCCGCAAAAGCUUGCGCUUUAUACCAAAAACCCGAUCAGUCUAUCGAAGAUAUAUAUACAAGUAUUGUACCUUUUUGCCGGAAAAAAAACUGUACUCAUUCCUGCCCAUUAGAUGACCUUCAUAUAGAGAACUGUAAUCCUCUGCUAACUGCUAAAUCAAAGAUAUAUUAGCCACGCUAUAUACAAAAAUCAGUAUCGCGAACAGAAACACUUGCAUUAUAGACGUAUCUGAACAGACAUAUGAUUGUAAUACCCACAUAUAUUUACAUCUAUAGCAUAGCAUAUAUAUAUUCACCUUUAUAUGUGUAUACCCGACCCACAAAAACACAAAACACAACAUUCAACGGCUUCAAAAGAACCACAAACCAAACGAAAACUACUUUUCUAUGUAAUCCCAAACCAUCAAUCAAAAUUAUAUUGAAUGCCGCGAUAUUUACUCGAUAUUUACACGCAUGUAUGGCUGCUAUAUCUAUAUCUCUAUAUAUCUCGAUUACUUUACCAUGUAUACACUGAGCGAAAUGCUAAAAUGGAAAUGCUUUAAGACACUGUUAUGUUUGGCCUACUUGUAUGAACGUUUAAUUAGCAUAAAUUCAACUUCAAAUAGAGCAAGAGUAAAGCCCCAAACUAUAAUUGCUUACUAUAAAUCUAGGGAUCCUCUGCCUGUUAUGCACUUUAAUCCUACGAUACUCGAAUCGAAAAGAAAUCAAAACUCUUAUUAAGUUCAUGUGUACCAAUCUCGAAAAAGACUUAACUUGGAUAAGUAACUAAAUCAUUUCCGGUAAUCACUGCUCCCUCACCUGUAAUUCACUGCUCAACGAUCCAGUUUUCCAGAAUAACUCAUAAAUAUAUCAACAAAUCUCGCAAAAACAAUAGAACACUGCCCCAAAAAUCCCAAUCACUGCCCCAAAAUCCCCUUCUUCCUUCUAAAAAUAAAAACCCCAAAAACUAACUUUAAGUAGAACCAUUCUUCAGCUCAACAAAUCACCAAAAACUUAAUUAUAAAAUCAAGAAUCCCCAACAAACCGUAGCUAAAAAAUAACUGAAAAAAAAACUAAAAAUUUGAAAUGGAAUUUCAGCAAAAAAAUGGUAAUAUAUGAAAAACUAGCUUAAAUAUUUGGGCAUAAGUUAAACUCCAGCUGCGACAUCUAGUUUAAAUUGGAAGCCUUUGUUCUCUUCGCCUGAUUUUGAAACAUUUUCAGAUACUUAGCCUUAUAUGAAUGUGUACAUUUACUGCGCGUUUUGGUUAAUGUAACCAUUUUUGAGCUAUUGAACCACCUUAAUGUAAAACUAAAAACAAAAGAAACUCAACAAAAACAAAAAAAAACAACAACAUCAAAAAUAAUA